UUGACAGAAGUACACCCACCAAGUUCCCACAGAGGAAACCCUCACUGCUGAACUUAGUGCACAGGACUUUGGCUUAUCUGCACUGCAAAACCUCUGACUGAACUCUGCUACCCAACAUUACCCACUUUACCUGCCCAGCAGUGUCCAGUACCCAGAUUCUCUAUGUCCCUUUUCACACAUGUGUUGGCCUGCCUUUUGGGUAUGGGCUCCUGGGUGUCCAUCAAUGGUCUCUUUGUGGAGUUGCCCCUCAUUGUUACGCAGAUCCCUGAGGGUUGGUACUUGCCAUCCUACCUAUCCAUUCUGAUCCAGCUGGCCAACCUGGGGCCCCUGUUUGUGACCCUGAUGCACCGCUUCCGCCCAGGGGUGCUCAACGAGACAGCGGUUAUCUACGUGAUCAUCUCCCUGGGCACAGUGGCAAGCUUCCUCCUGGCCUUCUUCUGGAAGGAGACUUUGUUGGUGGCUGGUGUCCCACGCAGUAUUGCCCUUCUCAUCCUCACCUUUUUCCUCUCCACGGUGGACUGCACCUCCUCCGUGACCUUCCUGCCAUUCAUGAUGCGUCUGAAGCCUCAGUACCUCGCCACCUACUUUGUGGGGGAGGGAAUCAGUGGCCUGCUACCCGCCUUGGUCGCCUUGAUUCAGGGGGUGGGACUGGUCCAGUGUAAUAACAGCACAAAGAUGAUGAAUGACUCAGGUUUGGUUAGCAUUAGCUACGAAUUGCAGGCAUACUACCAACCGGCCAACUUCUCUGCGGAGGUGUUCUUCUUCUUCCUCAGUGCUAUGAUGUUGGUGUGCUUGGGAGCCUUCGUCCUGCUGAACUACCACCCUGCUGUGGCCCAGGAACGCACAAACAGCCGCUACCCUAAUGUGGUUGUCAAGAAAGAUGACGUAACUCAGAGGAACCAGACAGAACAAAGGCCUAUGAUCAAACAUUCCGACAUUAUGGCGAAAAGUAGCUUUGGGACAGGGACCUACAGCUGGAUACAGGUUCUGUACAUCUUCUUUAUCCUGGCAUGGGUCAAUGGCCUUACUAACAGUGUGCUUCCCUCAGUGCAGUCCUACUCCUGUCUGCCCUAUGGAAUUAUUGCAUACCACUUAUCGGCCACUAUGGCUGCGGUGUCCAACCCUUUGGCCUGCUUAAUUGCCAUGUUUUUCCCAAUAAGGUCCCUGGUACUGUUGGGGGUUCUAGCAGUCAUUGGCACUGGAGUUGCAGUCUACAUCAUGGGCAUGGCAGUGCUGAGUCCAUGUCCCCUUCUGGUCAAUAAUAGCGCAGGAACAGUCCUCAUUGUGGGUGCUUGGGUCAUGUUCAUACUAACUCUGUCCUAUGUGAAAGUGCUCAUUGGGGUGAUCCUUCGUGAUGAGGGCCACAGCGCCCUUGUGUGGUGUGGAGCAGUGGUGCAGUUGGGCUCCUUGAUUGGUGCCGUCACAAUGUUUCCAUUGGUUAGUUUUUAUAAUUUUUUCAUAUCAGGAAACCCAUGUAGCACAGACUGUGCUUGAAUGCUACUGAAGAAGCAAAUAGGAAGGGUCCUAGACAAACAACCUAUGGUUUUAUUUGAUGAGUUUCACCAAAACAUAUCUCCUACGCUAAAAAAAUACAACCAGUGAGAUGAACAUGAGGAGAUUCAACCCACUUCACAUAAGUAUAUAAAAUGUUCAGAGUGAUUUGUACAUUCACUUUAGAAUAUGCUGUCAGCUAUUUGAUCAGCUGCCAUCAGAGUGGAAGCAUCUAUUCACUAGAGUGUAACAGCUUGUGAAUAGUAAGAUUUAAGGACUGAAGAAUGCAAAUAAUACUAGGUAUAUCAGCACAUUCAGUGUUACAAAUACCAGGUACAGAAAAAUAACAUUCAGCUAGAUCAGGAGGGUUGCAUUUGUAUUUGAUACA